AGCAGAAGAAGGCGCUUAUCAGCUCCGGUUCUGGGGAACAGUAUAAUUAGUUGUGCGAGCUGGCGAGUCCGUCAGUGCUCCUCGCCUCACGACAGCGCCGACAUGUACAAGCUCCUGGCGUGCUGCUGUCUCCUCGUCAGCGUCCUGGCUGACCUGCAGUUUCAGCUGAAGGAGGAACCUCGGAUAUGGCGAACGGCUACUAGAGAUCAAUCUGAGAAGAUAGAAUCAUCUGCAAAUAGUUCCAAGUGGGAACAUGAAACUAAUACCACAACCUGGGCGCCACCCACGGCACCCACCAACAGCACUACCUGGGGGCCCGUAACGAACGGCACUACUUGGCAACCGACCACCUGGGCACCACCCACUAAUGGCACUACCUGGGCACCACCUACCAACGGCACUACCUGGGGACCCAUCACCAACCCCACAACUUCGCAAUCGACCACCUGGGCACCACCCACUAAUGGCACUACCUGGGCACCACCCACUAAUGGCACUACCUGGGCACCACCUACCAACGGCACUACCUGGGGACCCGUCACUAAUGGCACUACUUGGCAACCGACCACCUGGGCGCCACCCACUAAUGGCACUACUUGGGAGCCCAUAACCAAUGGCACUACCUGGGGACCCGUCACAAAUGGCACUACUUGGCAACCGACCACCUGGGCACCACCCACUAAUGGCACUACUUGGGCACCACCCACUAAUGGCACUACCUGGGCACCACCCACUAAUGGCACUACCUGGGCACCACCUACCAACGGCACUACCUGGGGACCCGUCACAAAUGGCACUACUUGGCAACCGACCACCUGGGCGCCACCCACUAAUGGCACUACUUGGGAGCCCAUAACCAAUGGCACUACCUGGGGACCCGUCACUAAUGGCACUACUUGGCAACCGACCACCUGGGCACCACCCACUAAUGGCACUACCUGGGCACCACCCACUAAUGGCACUACCUGGGCACCACCUACCAACGGCACUACCUGGGGACCCGUCACAAAUGGCACUACUUGGCAACCGACCACCUGGGCGCCACCUACUAAUGGCACUACCUGGGCGCCACCCACUAAUGGCACUACUUGGGAGCCCAUAACCAAUGGCACUACCUGGGGACCCGUCACUAAUGGCACUACUUGGCAACCGACCACCUGGGCGCCACCCACUAAUGGCACUACUUGGGAGCCCAUAACCAAUGGCACUACCUGGGGACCCGUCACAAAUGGCACUACUUGGCAACCGACCACCUGGGCACCACCCACUAAUGGCACUACUUGGGCACCACCCACUAAUGGCACUACCUGGGCACCACCCACUAAUGGCACUACCUGGGCACCACCUACCAACGGCACUACCUGGGGACCCGUCACAAAUGGCACUACUUGGCAACCGACCACCUGGGCGCCACCUACUAAUGGCACUACCUGGGCGCCACCCACUAAUGGCACUACUUGGGAGCCCAUAACCAAUGGCACUACCUGGGGACCCGUCACUAAUGGCACUACUUGGCAACCGACCACCUGGGCGCCACCCACUAAUGGCACUACCUGGGCACCACCCACUAAUGGCACUACUUGGGAGCCCAUAACCAAUGGCACUACCUGGGGACCCGUCACAAAUGGCACUACUUGGCAACCGACCACCUGGGCGCCACCCACUAAUGGCACUACCUGGGCACCACCCACUAAUGGCACUACUUGGGAGCCCAUAACCAAUGGCACUACCUGGGGACCCGUCACAAAUGGCACUACUUGGCAACCAACCACCUGGGCGCCACCUACUAAUGGCACUACCUGGGCACCACCCACUAAUGUCACUACUUGGGGUCCCGUCACCAACGGUACUACUUGGGGACCCGUCACCAACGGUACUACUUGGGAACCUACCACAUUGACGCCACCAAUUAACGGUACCACUUGGAGCCUGUGGCAAUAGUACGAUGAUACCUAGACAGACGUAGGCACGUCUGAUUCGGCAAUAUUAUGUACAUUUUCAAUGUGAUUUGUAUUAUACCUUCCAUGAUUGUAAAUACUAUUCAAUAAAUAUUUAGAGCAGAACAUGUAGUUAAA